GGAGACCUGGCUAGAAGUUUCUUAGAGAGGCUGCUCUAUCCUUCACCUUGGAUGAAGAUGAGACGCUACAAGCUUUUUCUCAUGUUCUGUAUGGCCGGCCUGUGCCUCAUCUCCUUCCUGCACUUCUUUAAGACGUUAUCCUAUGUCACCUUCCCGAGAGAACUGGCCUCCCUCAGCCCUAACCUCAUAUCCAGCUUCUUCUGGAACAAUGCCCCUGUCACUCCCCAGGCCAGUCCGGAGCCCGGUGACCCCGACUUGUUACGGACUCCACUCUACUCCCACUCCCCCCUGCUCCAGCCACUGUCCCCUAGCAAGGCCACCGAAGAACUGCACCGGGUGGACUUCGUGUUGCCGGAGGACACCACAGAGUAUUUUGUGCGCACCAAAGCUGGCGGUGUGUGCUUCAAACCAGGUACCAGGAUGCUGGAGAAACCUUCUCCAGGGCGGACAGAGGAGAAGACCAAGGUGGCUGAGGGGUCCUCGGUCCGGGGUCCUGCUCGGAGGCCUAUGCGGCAUGUGUUGAGUGCACGGGAGCGCCUGGGAGGCCGGGGCACUAGGCGCAAGUGGGUUGAGUGUGUGUGCCUGCCAGGCUGGCACGGGCCCAGCUGCGGGGUGCCCACUGUGGUCCAGUAUUCCAACCUGCCCACCAAGGAGCGCCUGGUACCCAGGGAGGUGCCGAGGCGGGUUAUCAACGCCAUCAACAUCAACCAUGAGUUCGACCUGCUGGAUGUGCGCUUCCAUGAGCUGGGCGAUGUUGUGGACGCCUUUGUGGUCUGCGAAUCCAAUUUCACCGCCUACGGGGAGCCUCGGCCGCUCAAGUUCCGAGAGAUGCUGACCAAUGGCACCUUCGAGUACAUCCGCCACAAGGUGCUCUACGUCUUCCUGGACCACUUCCCACCUGGUGGCCGUCAGGACGGCUGGAUUGCAGACGACUACCUGCGUACCUUCCUCACCCAGGAUGGUGUCUCCCGCCUGCGCAACCUGCGACCUGAUGACGUCUUUAUCAUCGACGACGCGGACGAGAUCCCUGCGCGUGAUGGUGUGCUGUUCCUCAAGCUCUACGAUGGCUGGACAGAGCCCUUCGCCUUCCAUAUGCGCAAGUCCCUGUAUGGUUUCUUUUGGAAGCAACCAGGCACACUGGAGGUGGUGUCAGGCUGCACCAUUGACAUGCUGCAGGCUGUGUAUGGGCUGGACGGCAUCCGCCUGCGCCGCCGUCAGUACUACACCAUGCCCAACUUUCGACAGUAUGAGAACCGCACCGGCCACAUCCUAGUGCAGUGGUCUCUCGGCAGCCCCCUGCACUUCGCGGGCUGGCACUGCUCCUGGUGCUUCACACCCGAGGGCAUCUACUUCAAACUCGUGUCGGCCCAGAAUGGUGACUUCCCCCGCUGGGGUGACUACGAGGACAAGAGGGACCUCAAUUACAUCCGAAGCUUGAUUCGCACUGGGGGAUGGUUCGACGGCACGCAGCAGGAGUACCCUCCUGCAGACCCCAGUGAACACAUGUAUGCUCCUAAGUACCUGCUCAAGAACUAUGACCAGUUCCGCUACUUGCUCGAAAAUCCCUACCGGGAGCCCAAGAGCACUGUAGAGGGUGGGCGCCGGAACCAGGGCUCAGACGGAAGGUCAUCUGCUGUCAGGGGCAAGUUGGAUACAACGGAGGGCUAGGGCUGUGCAGUUUCACAGGGCUGGGCUGGCUGAGAUGAUGGCUAAGCCAGUGUUAUCUUUGGCCUCCUCAUUAUCUUGGGGCUCUUGAGAGAGCCAGGAGUCCUUGGAGUUGGUCCUCUGGGCUCAAGCCCCCUAGAAUUAAGGGUCAGGCCUUCCAUCCCAAAACAGGAAAGAAAAAAAUAUUUUUUAGUAAAGAAGAGCAAGCCCAGAUAUCUAUGCAGCACUUUUUGUCCCCAAGAGUGCUGUGGGAAAGAGGUGUUCCUGGGGAGCAUGCAGUCGUUUUCUGGGACUGGUACUGGGAGUGCUAUGGAACUUCAGCCUAGUUAAGAGAAGCCCACCUUUGACAUCCCAGAUUGUUGUCCUGUAAUGGACAAGGAGGUAUACCAUGCCAGGAGUUCCCAGCAUCCUGUAAAUAAAUGCAAUGGGUCCAGGAGCAAGAAGAGACAGUAAGGAGGGACUAGAAAGCGUAUCUGCUCCCAAUCUUGGCCAAGAGGCUGGGGAAGCAUUGGAAAAUGGCACCCUGGAGAGAGAGCACUUUGCAGCUUCCUCAGACAUGCUGGACCCAAGGAAUGAGGUCACAGAUGGCUGGAAGGGUGGAGCCGGUGGCUGUCAGUCCCUCUGCCUCUCUAAGGAGACACGCCUGGGGGGCUGAGGUUCCAAAUAUACCUUGAUGACUGAUCACUUUCCUGCUGCUGUCUUGUGGGAGCUGCUUUGAUGGACUCUAGGAGUCUAGUUCUCGGGGUGGGACAGGAGCUGGACACCAUGUGGACAGCCAGUAUAGUAGGUGGGACAAGAGAAGGAGACGAACAGAGGCCCUAUAUCCUUCUCUCCCUCCCCAUCACUGUCUGCUGGCAUCCAGUCCCAUUUUUACGACAUCCCCUUCCCCAGGCCUGUAAGAGCAAGCUGGGGGCCAGGAAGGGACUACAAGUUCUUCCGGGGUCCAAGAAAGGACCUUAAGGUCAGUGGCAUUAUCAACCCAUUCCUCUUAAUUUGUCUUGGGGGGGGGAAGG